AUGAUGUCUCGUCUGCGUCGCAACAACCCCGAUCCCUCCUCUUCAUCCUCCUCCAUCUCCUCCACCUCCCAGUAUCCAGUCUUCACGCCCGUCCGCACGGUCUCCCCCUUUCAACCUCCGCCUUUGACUCCUUUAACGCUUCUCGCAAACGAAGAAAACACACCAAUCCCCCUCGCCCCCCAAAACCAGCUCCUCUCACGCGCCCUCGCUGAAGAAAUCCGUCUCCUCGUCCCGCCUCGCCUUCAACUAGUUGACACCUGGCGUCUGGCGUAUAGCCUCGAUCGCGAUGGCGCCUCCCUCUCGACACUCUACGACAACUGCCGUGAGGUCUCAUCUCGCAGCCCGAGGGCCGGCUACGUCCUCGUCAUCCGCGAUGCGUCCCCCUCAGCAUCAACAGUUUUCGGCGCCUACAUGACGGAUUGCCCACACCCAGAUGCACAUUAUUUCGGCACGGGCGAAUGUUUUCUAUGGAGAGCCAGCGUUCUCCCUCCGCCGCCCUCACUACUCAAUUUCGACGGAGAUGGUGGAGUAUACUCCGAAGACGCACUUGAAAAGUCGAAAUCGCUUUCCCCGCAUAUGCACGCCCUGGCACAGUCACGCCCUACAAAUAGCGGAACUACAACCCCCGACAGAAUCCGCUUCAAGGCGUUCCCUUAUAGCGGCGUAAAUGAUUACAUGAUGUUUUGCGAAACAGGAUUUCUCAGUCUAGGUGGAGGGGACGGACACUACGGCCUUUGGCUGGACUCCAUUCUCGAAAAAGGUGUCAGCGCCUCGUGCCAGACAUUUGGGAAUGAACCACUCUCUGAUGAGGGUGUCAAAUUCGAUGUCCUGGGCGUCGAGGUUUGGUAUGUUGGGUCAUAA